GAGGGAUCCGCGAGUGUGGACAUUGCUUAUACUUACAAACAUGUUACAGAAAUGGAAACUCAUAUUAACAAACUGGAUAAAUUGUUAUUUCAAUGAAAGCACUGAAAAGGAAGAAAAUGUGACUUUAGAGGCUAUUGUCACAAUAAUAUCUCAUUUACGAGAAAAUUUAAAUCUUGACGAGUCCAAAUCGUCUUUACUAGAAGCCCAUACCAUUGAAGAGUUCAUUACAGAGAAAUAUCCGGAAUUCAAAUUCGAAAAUGAAACAGUUGAAGCUGUCACUGAUGAGAACCUGUACAUCGCUGCUUCGUUGCUCCUUUUCUUUGUUUGUGUUAUUUCUAAAGAUGUAGAUAUAAAGACCGCUAUGUGUAGUAAACUGAGUGCCGAGGACCAGGAAACCAUUUUGAAGUUCAGCAAGAGUCUGAUGGAGUGUUCUCCUGUUACUUUAACAGAUGUGCAGGCAGCUAUUACAGAGGCAUGUGGCCAAGAAAUCGUAGCAACAGAUGGGAAGCCAGAGACUAUGGAGGUGGCAGAAACUCCACCUCCAUUACGUUCGUUGCAUGGCGAAGUGCGGCGAUUGCAGGCUGCGCUGGAUGCUGAGCGAUUCGAUCGCAAUUACUUGCAAGAGGAGCUUUCACGCACUAAUUUAGGGAUGAAUAAGCUAUUAAAAGACCAAGAACAAUACAAGUUGGAGAUAGUGAAUCUGAAGGCUAAGAUAUCCAUGUGCUGUGGUGAAGACGCGGAAGUGCGGGCCACGGAAGGUGUUGAUGAAAAUACUGCUAAGCUGACUCGGCAGCUGCAAGACAUGGAGGAGCGACUAGUUGCUACACAGGAGAAGUUAGACGACUUACAGUAUGAGAGAGACACAUAUAAAGCAAAGUUCGACGAACUUAAACAAGAACGUGAUAAAUGGCUCUCUGUCAAUCAAGAAGAGGCAAUUAGGUCAGCUCAACUGGCUGAAGAGUUGGAAUCAGAGAAACGUAACAUCCAGUCUCUAAAAGAUCUUUUAACUGAGCUUCAACAGCACAAUCGUAAGAACAAUGGGUUGGAUUCCAGUCAAUUGGAGUGCGAUGAUCCUGAUGCCAGCAUGUCGCUUCACAAUAUUUCUGUCUGCAGCGAAGCAUGCGCCAAUGUUAUCGAAGUUCAAUUAGUGGAGGAAAGAGCUAAAAUUGUUAUCCUCAAUCAAGAAAUCCAAACUUUACAGAAGCGAAUGACUGAGUUUGACCAGACCACCAAAAAUGAGAAGCUCACAUAUGAGGCGCUUAUAUCAGAAAAAGACGAAGAAAUAUCUACUUUGAAACAUCGUGUAAAUGAGGAGAUUGAGGAGAAAAACAAACUAAAUACACUGUAUAAUGACCUACUCACUAAGUUUAACAAUGAUCUUAAUGAAUUAGACCAACAAUUUAAAGACCACAAACAGACAUCGGCAGCUACAAUAGAAGAAAAGAUUCGAGAAAUUCAAAUACUCCAGGAACAUAAAUUGUCCUUAAUGCAAAGCCUAUCGGACGAAACUACAAAACUAGAAAACAUUAUUAAAGACCUAAAAAUAGAUAUUGAUAAAGAGAAGUGUCUAAAGAUAAAAAUGGAAGAGGAUUACGAAAAUCAACUAAUGAAGUUGAGCGAAAAAGUGUUAAACAGAAACAAUGAAUUAGUAGAGCUGCAAAACAAUGUGUUUGAAAAAAGUGAAUUUAUAGAAAAGUUGCAUUUGGAGAUUCGUAAUGACAAAGAAGAAAUUGGAAAAUUAAAAGAAAAAAUAAGUGUUCUUGAGACAAAUUUGCAACAAAAAACUGAUGAAGCGAAAGCAUUACAAAGGCGCUUGGUGCAAAAUGUGGAAGUUUUUGCAGAAUUGAACAGAGAAAUUGACGAAUUGAAGGAUGCAAAUGUUGGUCUUUAUGAGAGCAAUAGGUCUCUGGAAGAUGCUAAAGGGUAUCUCAUGGCGGAGUUAGAAUCUCGAGACAAUUAUAAUGUAGAAAUUCGAAAAGAAAUUGAGAAUAUCACAAACAUAUUUAGCGAAGAGAAGGCUAGACUGACGCGCAAUAUUGAUGAACGUAAUUCCGUGAUUUCGUCACUUGAAACGCAGGUACAAGUUGAAGUCCAAUCUAAAGCUGACUUAGAAAGUAAGAUUGAAACUUUGAAUCAGGCAAAAUCGGCUUUAUCCGAGGAAGUAAGUAAAUUAAAGGCAGAGUUAGCCAGUUUGAAAAUAGAAUUUCAAGAGAAAGUAAGAAUGAUAUACGCUUUGAACCUAUACUUGAAGGAUGAGAGAUACACGAAUAAUCAUUUGAAAACUGAAUAUGACGCCCUAAGCCAAGAAUAUAACAAACUUGUGACGCUGAAUGGUGAAAAAGAUGAUCAAAUCAAAACUCUACAAAAUGAUAAAAAAAUGUAUGAAGAAGAGGUACGGAAUAAAACUGACGAGGUACAGAAGAAAAUCGGGGAAGUACAGGCCAUAACUGAAGAAAUACAGAUGAUAAAGGAAGAAUUACAAAUAAUGGACGAGAAGUUACAAAUGAAGAAUGAAGAAUUAGAGAAAAUACAUGAAGAAUUAGUGAAAUGUGAUCAGGAAUUGUUAGAAAAAGAAGCGGAAUUGCUGAAAAAAGAUGAAGAAUUAUUGCAAAAAGAUGGUGAAGUUAUGUCCUUGAAUGAUAAGAUUUUCGCAGACGGUGAAGAGCGGCGUGCUCUACUACAAAAUUUAGCCUUUUUGAAUGAUGAUAAGAAUAAUUUGGAGAGACAAGUAAUGGAACGAUAUGAUGAAAUGUUACGUUUGCAGCAGGAUCAUGAAAAAUUAUGUAAAAACACAGAGAAUAAUAAUAUUAUGAUCGAAAUGCUAGAGAAAAAGGUCGAAGUCGAAAACCGAAAAUAUGUUGAACUAGAAAGAGAUUUCGACGUACAAACUACGAACCUUCUUUCAAAACUGAAAGACACCGAGAAAUCAAUAAGUGAACACACAAUGAAAUCUAAACACGCCAUUCAAGAAAAAGAACUAAGAAUACAAAUAAUGCAACAUGAAGUAGAAAAGUUGCAAAAGACCUUAGACAAGGAAAGAGAAAAUGUGAGUAAAGUUAUUAAAGAAAGGGAGGCAUUAAUUCAAAAACUCAGCGGUGAGACCUCGUAUAGAAACAAAUUACAAGAAGAGUAUCAAAAUUUGUGUCUGUCUUUGGACAAAGUAACUAAGGAGCUGUCUAAUAAGAUUGUCGCAAAAAAUGAAGAAAUAGGUGCUUUGAAAGCUCAACAACAGGUUGAAUUAGAAUGUUUGACUAAGACAGCGGAAGAAAAAGAUGAAGAAAUCAAAAUGCUAGAAGCUAAAUUAACUCAGGAAUUGGAAUCUGCUCGGGUUUUAAAAAAUCGAAAGGAUCAGGAAAUCAAAGCAAUGAAGAACAAAAUUGGGGAGUUAAACUCUCUGAAUGAUGAAUUGGAAAUUGAAUUAAAAAAAGAGACGAAUAGCAAGGCACAAGCGAUUGAAGCAUUGCAAAGAGAAAAUGAACAAUUGCAUUUUGCUAUUGAAGAAGAUAAUAGCAAUCAUGAGGUUCUGGUUAAAGAAAAAGAUACCAUGAUAGAAAGAUUAGAGGAGCAUCUUAAAGUUACAACAAUACAGUUGGAAUCCAUUAGAAAAGAUUAUGAAGAUGGCAUUUUAAUGUGGGAAAAAUCAAAGAUAGAAAUGCGCGAAAACCUUGAGGUAAAAGAAAAUGAAAUAGCAAAAUUGACGCAACACAUUACUGAGCUGACUCAAACUUUAGACUUGAGAGUUUAUGAAUCGGCAGAAACCAUGAUUGCUGCAGAGAAAGCUAAAGAAGAUCUUAAACGUCAAAUCGAUGCAAUUGUUAAAGAGAGCAACGAAAACGAUUUAAAAAGAAAAAACGAAAUUAUUGGUUACGUAAAAGAGGUUGGGGAUCUGGAAACCUAUCUGCGCAACGCCGAACGCGAAAUCUGUACAAUGAAAGAACAGCUAGAUUGCGAGAAAUCUGCCCGAGAUAUUCUUGAAUCUGAAAAGGCGAAACUUUUGAAAGAAAACGAAGGAGUAAUUGAGGAUUUAUUUAGUGAACGAAUGUUACGCAAAGCUCUUCAGGAGGAACAUGCGGGAGUAUUACGUGAGAAGAAUUUGUUAAACCAAAAAGUAAUGGAAGCGAAUUCGAUAAUGCAAAUUGUAGAAGAAGAAAAAAAAAGAUUGUUGGUCGACAAAGAGCGAUUGGAACGAAUCCUAAAGGUUGAGAUCAAAUGUAAGGAUGAGUUGAAGGAAGAAAAUGAGAAUCUUACACGAAAAUUAUGCGAUGAGAUGAAAUCUUUAAAAGUGACAUUGGAGAAAGAGAAAGAUGUAUUGCAAGAUGACAAAAAAGCACUUGAAGAGAAAAUGAUGGAACUAUACAAUAUAAAACAAAAUCUUGAACAAGAAAAAGAGUGUUUGUUGCUCGAAAAAGAAGAAUUAACCAUGGAAAAUAUCGAAGAACUUACGUCAGUUCAAGAACGGCUUGUGCGUGAUAAGGAAAUUUUGAUGGUUGAAAAAGACGAUUUGGCUAUGCGUUUGAGCAAGAAAACAGCUCUUGAUGAAGUUGAAUUUGAAAAAUCUGCAGUGUCUGUCAGUUUAAGCGCAAUGAACGACAAGUUAGCUGCCGAAUUGCAUAGCAAUCAAGAAGAAUUGAACUCUUUGUGUGCAGAGUUAAAAACUUUAAAAACUGAUUAUGAGAAACAUGAAGAUUUAAUUGUACAUAUGGCUUCGUUGCUAAGUAGUGGUUUAGAUAAACUUUUCCUGAGUAUUAAGAAUGGAGAUAUAUCUAACGAGGUGUUAUUGAAGCUUACAAAUUGCGACAGAGGUGGUAUGCAAGUAUUAGAGCAGUGUGAUCUUUUGAUUAACAUUGCUGACACGAUGACAGUCGAUUUGUCCUUGAAGGGGAAAUUGAUGGAAACAUUAGAACAUGAAAAUCAUACGGUUAGUGAAUUGAAAGAGAUGUUCAAUCAGAAGGAACUUCAGGUUUUGGAGUUGCAAAGUGAAGUAAAGAGACUACAGCAAGUUAAUUAUGAAAACAAAAUUGAACUAUCAAAGCAAUAUGAAUCAUGCUAUACACAAGGGCGGGACAUUCAGAAACUACAACUGGAAAACAAAACUUUGAUGAAUGAACUGAAUGAUGUUAAAGUUCAAUUGGAAGUAAAGGUCCAUUCUUUGAAAGAAAAGUUAGUCGACAACGAAAAUCUGACUGAUAAACUAAAAAAAACCUAUGAGUGUCAAAUAGAGAAUUUGAACGUAAUGAUAAAUAAAUUAACAAGCUAUUUGAAGGAUAAAACUGUUGAAUUAGAGACCGUUAGGAAGGAAAGGGAUAGACUGCAGCAAAUUAUUGAUGAAAAGAAUAAAGUAAUAAAGACGUUAGACGAUGAAGUUAGGACUCAGAAGUUGAACCAAGAGAAACUGAUUAGUGAUUUUGAAUCCGAACGUCUCGUGCUUAAGAACAUGGUGACUGUUACGGAAUCUGUUAUGGAAGACACUAAAAUUGGACUAAAUAAAGUUAUUUCUGACCAUGUCAAAGCUAAUGAGGCAUUCCAAGAAGAAAUAAAGGUUAUGCAAGAGAAAUUAGAGAACGACAAACGAGACGCCGAAGUAAAGCUCCUAGACAAAGAAGUUACUCUCGAGGCAGCAUUAAAAGAACUAUUUGAAUUGAAGUCGCAGAAAGAAUUAUUAGACAUUGAAAUUGAAGGUCUAAAGGAGCAUUCUAAUAAAGAAAUCGCGAUUAUCACACGUGAAUUAUCGACUGCAAGGUCGUAUAUAGAAGGAUUGGAAAGCCAGAAUAAGGUUUUGAACGAUAUCCAAGAUCAGCUGAAGAAGGAUAUGGAUGCCCAGAAAGAGAACUGGGAAAAAGAGAUUGCUGCAUUGACUGAAGAAAUCGCGCAAAAGGUGUCUUUGAUUGAGGCCUUGCAGUCACGAAAUAAAGACUUGGACGACACUUUGCAGAUAAUGAAAAAUGACUUAACAUCUUUAGAGGAACAGGACAAUAAAUUGAAAACCAACAAGGAUUCCCUUGAAAUCGAAUUGCUAGCUCAAAUAGACCGCCUGACCAACGUUAUUAACGGUGACACAGAUAAGAAUGACAAAUUCAAAUCAACGCUUAAAGAAAAACUGCAAAUGAAAGCUGAAAUAUUGGAUAAAGUAAAAAUUUUAAGUGAGGAAAUAAUUUAUUUGAUUAAAGAAAAAAACCAAUACAUUUCUAAAUUAGACGAGGUAAAGGCAGAAUUUGAGACAAAUGAAUUGAGGGCUAAGGAAGAAUUGGAGUAUUUGAAACAACAGAAUUCCGAGUUGCUUAACACCAUUGAACAGACCCAGAAACGAAUUUUGGAGUUAGAACAUAUUAUAAAAGAGCACGAUUCUGUUAAAAAGCUCCAAGAAGAUGCAAUAAGUGACAAAUUAAACCUAGAUAACAAAUACUCCCUGUUACAAGAGUGUCAAGCAAAUGCUGAAAAAUAUCUUGAAGAACGUGAAAUUGAAAUAUGUGCAUUAAGAGAUAAGCUGGAACGUCUGAGAUCUAAUUUCAACAGUGAACAGUCAAGAGCAUUAUGUUUGGAAGAUAAAAUUAAGGAGUAUAAAACCAAAUUGCAUAAAUACGAGCAGGAUUUGUAUAACAAGGAUAAAAUUAUAACCAAUAUGGCUCAAGAGAAAGAUACAGUGAUAAGUACGAUCAGUAAAGAAUUGGUGGAAGAGCGUGUGGCAAGAGAAAGGUGUCAGAAGGAAUUACAAGUAAAAGCCACAAGUUUAUACGAGUUACGGCAAAAAUUAGAAGAGAUUAGGAGUGAAACUAAAGUGCUUGACAGAUUAAAUACUGAGAAUGAUAAGAUCAUCAAAGAGAGUGCACAAAAGGAGACAUUCGCUAUGGCCAACCACGAAAAGGCAUCGAGCAAAAUGUCGGCCCACGACGAGCGCGAGCGCGAUAGACACCAGGUUAGCACACCAACAUCCGAUCUCACACACUCCUCCUUGGAGAGCACCAAAACCAUCAACGAUUUAGAAAAGAUAAUACAUGAUAAGAACAGAACAAUCACCACAUUACAAACCGAUAUUACCUACAUGAAAUCACUUAUGGCCGAGUCGGAAAACAAACUACUGGACGUCACCAAGGAGUUGGAAAUUUCAAAGGAGAAUUACCAACAUAUAUCCAGCCAGUUAAAGAAGAUAGUCCAACAAAAGAACGAAGAGAUUGGCGAACUUAAGAAACAAAUCUCAAAAAUGAACUUGACUGAAACACAAUCGAAACAAAUAAUCAAAGUAUCCACAAAGUACCAGUCGAUCAUAUUGAAAAGGAUUGCUGAUAUAAAGUCAAAUACUAUAUUGAAGGAAUUGACAAAUUUUGGUAAUACUGCAAACAGUGAAUGCGAAUCCAAACGAAGCUUAGCUGCCGGUAUAAUUACUAUGGAGGACUUGGAGUAUUUCCUUGAGACCACAGAUAAACAUAUGAAGCGUUGCUCCGAAAAGCAACUUGCCUUGCAAAAAGAGAGAGAUCGGCUUUAUGAAGUAAACAAAAUCAACGAGUCCGAAAUUAUUAAUUCGAAGAAAUUUUUGACCGAACUCUCUGUGAGCUUCAAGACGUUUAGUUCGGUUAGAGAUAUAUACGCUCAAAAGUUAAGCAGAGUUGUAUCUGUGCAGAGAACUGUAAGACGUGAGAUUUUGAACAUGGAAGGACAACUAACAGAUGCAAUGAUGUGUAAGUUAGAGAGAGGGUAUGCAGCCAUUAUGCAGGACCUAUCCGAAUGUACAAUGAACUUAGAAAGAUGGAUGGAGAGAUGUAUUUGGCGGACGAUUUCGCCUGAGAAAAUAAAACAGGCUUUUACUAGUGACUUGGAACGAAUGUCGCUUGCAUCGACGAUGUUCCAAAAUGCUAGUAUAGAAGUACAGUUGGAGGAAUUGGAGAAUUCCUUCCAGAAGCUUUUAGAAGAAGUCAUGAGGGCGCCGAAAGGGGAGGGAGCGAAAGAACCGCAAGCAGUCACAGUGAUGGAAGUUAGAGCUGAAUAUGAGGACAAACUCAACAGAAUGAAGGCUAAAAUGAAACAACUUUACCAAGAACAAAUAGCGAAGUACAAGGAAAAGCAGGUGGAAGAGGUAGCGACAUUGGAGAGAGAACUUCAAAGAGCGAGAGAUAAGCUAGCGGAGACGAGUCGGGCUUAUGAGGAUCAUAUCAGAACAUUGACCACAGAACUAUGGACUGUUGGAGAAAAGUUUCUCAUGAAGAAAGACGAAGCUGAGUGGCUGAGAAGGAAGAACAAAUCCGGAUCGCUUAUGUCUUUGCAACAUGUGCAUUCGUCUGGUCUCGUGCCAUCGCAUCACGAGAGCGGUCGUCGCUCGGACACCUGCUCACUGCGAUCCUUGCCAGUUUCGAAUCCCCGAGAAAAGCGUGAGGGCCGUGGCCUCCACAUGUCUGACGAAGAAGGGGAAGUUUUCGACAAUAGAUGUUUAAAAGAGUUAUCAGAGACGCCGCGUCAAAACCGACGCGAAUCCCACACCCUUCCGCCUGGCCAGCGCUUAUCUGAACUGCGCUGGCGCAACUCUCUCUGCCCCCCGCACCUCAAGAGCUCGUAUCCCGCCGAGAUGCAGUUUAGAGACACCUUUGAUGAGGAUGAUAUCAAGUGCACAGGCAAAACGUCGACGGUGAACAAACAACCUCGCAAGGAAGUGGGCAUCACUGCGUACAAGAAACCUGGUCCUCCUACGCCUAGCAAGCAGGCAGGACGAUUAUCUGCUACGGACGCUGAACUGCGCGAGUCGCUACGCGUCGACGCAGAGCCAGGCGCGGGCGCAGGCACCAGCGUCGAUCUGUCGCGCAAGACAUCUACGCCCUCUCGCAUCCGCACGUUCUUUCGCUCCGUAAGGAAUGAAACUGAAGUAACCCCUCGGAGCAAACGACUCAAAAUCUUCCGAAAGAAAUGAUAUCAUUAAGUAUUUGUUAAACUUAAAUUAUGAUUGGGAUUCCGUGAGUGAAAAAAUUGUUGAUUUUUUUCUCACUCUUUAUAUUUUAAUAAUUUUGUUAAUUCAUGUCUAUUAAUAAUAACGCUACUGGUGACUGCUAUCUUGCCUUGUUAUUUAUCCAUUCAUUUUAGUGACGUAAUCACGUGAUGUUAUCAUAGUAGUUCCCAUUCUAUUGCAGUAUUAAAGCAGUAAAUUACUGUCGCACACAAAAGUUGUUUUAAGAAAUAAUUUUUAUUAGAUUAU